UUUCAGAAUUCCAGAGGUGCUUCUUCUCUGUUGAAGGAUAGUGUCCCAAUUACUGAAUUUUCAGCUUCAGGACCAUUUGAAGGUCAUGAUCUUCUGCGUAGAGGCUUCACAAGUGUGAAAAAUGAAUUGUUACCCAGUCACCCACUGGAGUUAUCAGAAAAAAAUUUCCAGUUAAAUCAAGAUAAAACAAACUUUGCCACACUCAGAAAUAUUCAAGGACUCCAUGCACCUUUAAAGCUGCAGAUGGAAUUCAGAGCAGUGAAACAGGUCCAGCGUCUCCCAUUUCUUCACAGCUCAAACAUGGCACUGGAUACUCUGAGAGGAAAUGAUGAAUGCAUCGGUUUUGAGGAUAUCCUUAAUGAUCCUUCACAGAGUGAGGUUAUGGGAGAACCACACAUGAUGAUGGAAUACAAGCUUGGUUUAUUGUAACAAAAUGUACUCCAGAAAAAUGUUUUGUGUGUGUCUUUAUAUUGCAGAUCUAAAUACAUGAUACUAAAUUGACACUCACAGUGUUAAGCAGUCCUACAGUUAUGAUUUGCCUGCCUUGAUGAAAAGGCAUAUUAAAUGUUUAAAGUCUAUAAAUUGUUCUGUGCUUGUUGUCAAUUAUAUAAAUGUCCUGUAACUAGGUAGUUUAAAUGUCUUUUCAUACACUGCUCAGGACAAUAGCUUCUUAACUCUGGAAAUGCUAUAUGUGUAUACAAGAAAUCCAAAAAUACCCGUGCAUUUUAAAACUGAAUACUGUAGGUAAAUGCAUUUAAUGUUCUUGCAGAAGAACUUUUUAAGGGGAAAAAGAAGGUAUUUUCCAUUGAGUAACUCUUUGUUCAUGAAAAUUUCCAUACACUUUUUAAACUAUUGAAUAAAAGUUUGCUAUAAAUGC